AGCUAUUAGGUCUGGCCCCCAGGCUAGUUGCAUAGUAGUCUCAUGAAUUAGCCGCCGUUCCUUUUGCAUAGUAAGUGCAAUUGCUUCCAAAAAAACCGCGGCUUAAAUAAUUAUUGUGCGGCCUGAAAUCGAGUAUCGUUGCCAUAGUAGCCAAGCUUUGAAGAGACAAGUUGAGUGGACAUGUCUUCCAAGCCACUCCUUUCUUUUCUAAACACUGGCUUAACACAGCAACUACGACACCUACAAGCUUGCUGUGAUGAAGGCCUACCUUUGAGCUAUGAUGACUGUAUUAAGGAUGUCAAUAUUGCUGACAGGCUGCUGGCACUACAACAAUUUGGAGCUGAAGGAGAGCCAAAGGAGUUUUUGAAAGAUGGAGAACGAAUUUAUUGCCUGGAAAUAGUGAAAAAUGUUCUUUUGACUCAGUUUGAGCUUCUCUGUAUAUCUAAUGAGCUUGAGAACAAUGUCGAAAACUCUUUCAGUGAGUGUAAAAAGAUUUGUCAACUGAUGGAGCAUUGUACCAGUCUGCUUUGCUCCCAUUGUGAUCAGCACAACAGCAAAUCUAGCAGACGACCAACUUUCAAGCCGGACUUUUGUGAUUUUGCAAAAAGGAUUAUUCAAUCACGCUGUAAGCUUAUAUCGCAGGCAAUCCUCCAUCAUCCGUCCAAGUCUACUCUAUUACAUCUUGCUAAAUUCGAGUCUGUACUCAUUCGAGCGUUGCUAGGGAUAUUUGCUACCUACACAUCCUUAUUGCAUUCUCCUAAUACCAAGCACACACCAAAAAUGAUGUAUGUGUCAGAAGAAAUGUUCGCUCUGGCCCAUGGACAGGAGAAGCUCACAUGGAUGGACUGUCUGAUUCCAGGAGCCCAGUCUGAGGGAUUGAGGCUAGCUGGCCUGGAGCUGACUGGGAGGGUGUGGGGUGAGGUGGCCCGUCGUAUGGUGGAGGCCUUGCAGCCAGUACUGCCUGAUGAUUGGGCCAUGACUGAGUUGGUACCGCUUUUGGAGGGACUACAGAAAGAGGAAGACCUGCAACCAUACUCCCCUGUGGUAAAGUGUCUUUGGUAUGUAACCGCUUCACUACGACAGCAAGUCUGCCUCUUGCAGUGGGACUCAGGUUUCCAGUCUCUACUUGUGGCAAUGCCUGUGGAUCUGAGAAGAGGAUUCAAGUCUCAUACAAACGAGCAGAAAACAACAAAAUCCACAUCUCUAGUCACCCACUCUGUGUUUAUCCCUCUCACCGACUUUAUGCAAUCCCCUGACACCUUUCCUCGAAUUGAAGCCUCUAAUACCCCCGGCUCUGUAGCUCAGCAUCUGGACAACGUUCGAUUAUCACAACCCAUAGUCGCGGCAAUGGAAGUGACCCUACGGAAGUUUUCGACGUUUCUCUCUCAAGGGAUGAAAAGUUGUUUGGUUAAUUGGAAUCUGCGCGGACUGGGACAGGGUUUGUUUGUAGAUUCCCCAGCCGUAAGAAAGGUAGCUGCUUUAGGGGAGUAUCAGUUGAGAGUGGCUGCUCCUUUGUUUGUGUUUCCCCCGGCUAUGGGACCACACCUCAUUGAGAGUACCAGCAGACAGAGAUACUCCCUACUCUAUAGCAGCUUCAAGACACUGCAGGAAUCCAGUGAUGAGCUAUGUGUGUACAUGACCAGGGUCUGGGGUCAGCAAUGUGCCCAAGUACUGCAGACUGUGUUCCCCUCCCAGAAGGCGUGGAGAAAUACAGCCAGGAAAAGUGGAGUACAGCAACCAGCCAAUGCUAGCAGCUACACUGAGGUGAUCAUUGAGCAGCUCCUCUCCCCUGUGCUGGAGGCGUGUCUGUCCCUGCCCCCUAGAGCACAGAGUGGUCUCGCUGCACUGUGUCUGAGUGUGGUCCUCCUGGAACUGAGGAAGGUCAUUCUGGACACUGAGAGGGUAUACAGACCGUCGGCAGGGAGACAGCUGCUCACAGAUUACCGCCACCUCAUCGUUUGGCUCACAUCCAACUCUCAGUCACUGUCCAAAGAGGCCUCUCACACGAUCUCCUCUCUCCCCCUCAUCAAUGAGCUAGAGCACGGUCUACUGGUGGUGUGUGGCACUGCUGGGGUAUCACAGGAAGGGGGUGUGGCACUCAGCUCACUACUACACUGUACACACCUACCAUUGCUCAAGGAAAUGGCCUGGUUGAACAAAGAGGACUGGACUAAAGCUUUAGCAGUUUGAGUAUUUCAUAAUUAUAACACGUAUAGUUUUAUAUUUCCAAUCUGUGCUUUAUAUACAAUUAUACAUAUUUUUACAUUUUUGCUUUCCAUGCAUGCAAUUAAACAUGUCUUUUACAUAACAAUGUCAAUCACAAUAA